CGUCAUGUUACCCAAAAGCUUCAUGCGAAAGCGCGCAUGAUUUUUCUCCUGUCACCCGCGAUGUUGAGCGCAGAUCCAAGUAGCUCACUCUGUAUCUGAGAAGAUGUCGGGAGGCACACUUCAUUCAGACUUCCAAGAAUCCUCACCACCAACGCCUGAUUUUAAUACUACGGAAAUUCUGCUCUACUCUCACAUAGACGAAGAUGACAUUUGGGAAUACUUACAGCCUAAGCACUAUGAAUGGGUUCUGAUAGCGGGAUACAUUAUCGUUUUCUUCGUCUCUCUGAUUGGAAACACGCUGGUUUGCUUUGCAGUGUGGAAAAAUCACCACAUGCGCACAGUAACCAACUAUUUCAUUGUCAACCUCUCCUUUGCGGACAUCCUGGUCACCGUCAUCUGUCUACCGGCAAGUCUUGUGGUGGACAUCACUGAAACAUGGUUCUUUGGGAACACCCUUUGUAAAGUGGUUCCAUAUUUGCAGACCAUCUCUGUGUCCGUCUCUGUCCUGACUCUGAGCUGCAUCGCCCAGGACCGCUGGUAUGCCAUCUGUCACCCGCUCAUGUUCAAGAGCACGGCCAAGCGGGCGCGCAAGUCCAUCAUCCUCAUCUGGGUGGUGUCCUGCAUCAUCAUGAUCCCCCAGGCCAUCGUCAUGGAGUGCAGCCAGUACCCAGAGCUCACCAACAAGACCAGCCUCUUCACCGUGUGUGACGAACACUGGAACGGUGAAAUCUACCCCAAGGUCUACCACACCUGUUUUUUUAUCGUCACAUACUUUGCUCCUCUGUGCCUCAUGGUCCUGGCGUACAUCCAAAUUUGCCACAAGCUUUGGUGUCAGCAGAUUCCAGGAACGUCUUCAGGAGUGCAGAGGAAGUGGCACUCGUUGCAGUGUACCACCUUGGCGUCGGGCUCUGGUCCGUCUGUUAAGGUGAAAACCAGCACGGUGACGGCAGAGGUCAAGCAGGUGAAAGCCCGGCGGAAGACCGCGCGCAUGCUGAUCGUGGUGCUGUUGGUGUUCGCACUGUGCUACCUGCCUAUCAGCGUCCUCAAUGUCAUGAAGAGGGUGUUUGGGGCAUUUGAAUAUACAAACAACAGAGAAGCUGUGUACGCCUGGUUUACCAUCUCCCACUGGCUGAUAUAUGCAAACAGUGCAGCAAAUCCCAUCGUUUAUAAUUUCCUCAGUGCUAAAUUUCGCGAGGAGUUUAAAGCAGCAUUCUCCUGCCACUGCUACGGUCGCCAGAAGAGCGGAGGGAAGCAGCGCGUGAGGGCGACAACCAGCACAGGGAGCCGAAAAUCCCUCUCCACACAUACGAGCCACCUCGACAGUGUCUCCCGCAUAUCUGACCAUGUGCUGUAGGCCUGGCAGCGAGGGACAGUGAGGAUGGCGGAAGAGAUUGUGUAGAAUUACACAAAAUCACCCUCAGAUGUGAGGCAAGACAUUGAGACUAGCAUGGAUAUGGAGAGGAAGAAUAAGUCUGCAUUUUUUAAUGACUAAAGACACAAAAUGAUGCCUUUGGCAGUAAGGGUGAAUACAUAAAUAGAUAAAUACUGUAAAUAGAUAAAUACAUACGUAUUUUACCACGUUUUGUCCACUGCAUCCAGUAUAUGACCUGCUGAUGACAACAAAUACAGUAGGUAAUAGGUAAACAGUGGGAUGUGGUUAAAAAGCAUUUGUAGUUUUUUGACAAAUUCUGAAAAUUCUAGGUUAGCAUCCGGACAGUAGAUGCUGCACAGACAAAAAGCAAAACAUAGACAAUGUCUUCAUUUGUGAUUUUCUGCUUUGAUUCCAAGUUUAUUUGCUGAGAGAUAUGAUAUAUAUGUUGAAUUUUAUGUUCAGUAGACAUUUGUUGGAAGUUAUUGUGUGGAGACAUAGGCACAGCAUGAUUCUCAUUUCCCAUGCAGGCACUUCCAGCAGAAGUACCAAAACAAUAGUGAGCAGAAAAGCAAGUCCUGGACAUUUAGCUCAUCAUUUCUUAUGUCCUAUUCAUGGUAUUUAUUUUAAGGCUCAUAGUAAUUUCUAAUGAGCAUUAUAUGUUAAUAGUUAAUAGAUGCACACCCAUGUCAUGGCUAGAGCUACAGUGUGUCUUUGAUUGCUGGGAGUACAAUGAUGUCUUAUAUGAGAUCAGGAUUUUAUGUUUUGUUUAUUUGUGAUAAAUGAUGAAUAUUACUGUAAUUGCUCUGAAACUGUACCGCUUUCCAUGUGUGUUCUGCCAGUGCAUACGUCACAUCCAAGGAAUGGUGUAUUGUCAGUUUAUCACUAAAAUAAAAUUGCAUACGGUUGCUCUCAAAUGCUUCAGAAUGAAUCUCUCUGUUGCUCACCUGUCAGUGUUUGUUGAAUUCAUUAUGUAGAACAGUCCCUCCCACAGACCCAUUAAGAAAUACAAUGGGGACAAUUCCUUUGAUGCCAUU